GAAAACGAUAAAAUACAAAUCCCUGUAUUUUUUGGUCUAGUUUGAAAUAUUUCGUCUUUGUUCUGGUCACGAGAGUGUUCAUCAGAAGGAAAAAAAAAAUGAUGUCAGAGAAGCUCUAAAAGCCCUCUAAUGGAGGACAAGAAAGCAAACAUAAUCGCUACUAUAUUAAUCAUAGCCCUUGUCGUGGUGAUAAUCGCCGCCCGAGUUUCUCUAAAACUCUCCAAAACAUUCUAUCUCAUCGCCGGCGUCGACAUUUCAUUGAUCCUCGCCGUGAUCUGUUUCCUCAUAAUCCGUAGCCGUUACAACAAAGAAAGAAAGCUCUUGGUAUCAAGAUUCGUCUCCGAAGGUAGAGAGCUCCGAAUCGAGUACAGUUUCUUGAGAAAAGUCGCAGGAGUUCCAACGAAAUUCAAGCUCGAAGAUCUUGAAGAAGCCACCGAUGGAUUCAGAUCUUUGAUCGGAAAAGGCGGUUCCGGUUCGGUGUUUAAAGGAGUUUUAAAAGACGGAAGUCAAGUAGCUGUGAAAAGAAUCGAAGGAGAAGAGAAAGGAGAAAGAGAGUUCAGAUCCGAAGUAGCUGCCAUAGCUUCUGUUCAGCACAAGAAUCUAGUUCGUCUUUACGGUUAUUCGUCUGCGGUUUCCGCGAAUCGUCCGAGAUUCCUCGUUUACGAUUAUAUCGUAAACUCGUCUCUUGAUAUCUGGAUUUUUCCGGAUAGAGGAAACAGAAGAAGAUCCGGAGGAGGAUGCUUGUCUUGGGAACAAAGGUACCAAGUUGCUAUUGAUGUAGCUAAAGCUCUUGCUUAUCUUCAUCAUGAUUGUCGAUCUAAGAUCUUGCAUCUUGAUGUCAAACCUGAAAACAUUCUACUAGACGAGAAUUUCCGAGCGGUGGUAACCGAUUUCGGACUCUCUAAGCUGAUUGCUAGAGAUGAGAGCAGAGUUCUAACGGAUAUCCGUGGGACUCGGGGGUAUUUAGCCCCCGAGUGGCUUCUUGAACACGGUAUUUCGGAGAAAUCCGAUGUUUACAGCUUCGGGAUUGUGUUACUAGAGAUGAUCGGAGGACGGAGAAGCAUUUCAAGGGUAGAGGUUAAGGAAACAAAAAAGAAGAAGUUAGAGUAUUUCCCAAGGAUUGUGAACCAAAAGAUGAGAGAAAGAAAAAUAAUGGAGAUUGUAGAUCAAAGGCUGAUAGAAGCCAAUGAGGUAAAUGAAGAGGAAGUGAUGAAAUUGGUGUGUGUGGCUUUGUGGUGUAUACAAGAGAAAUCUAAGAAUAGGCCUGAUAUGACUAUGGUAAUUGAAAUGAUUGAAGGGAGAGUUCCCGUGAAGGAGCCACCGGAUUCAGAUGUUGUUGUGGUCGAUCUUUUGGCUGCGGAUGAUGAUGAUGCAAGUACCGGUGUUCGACGGGUAAAAAAUAUCCCGAAAUUGCAAAUCCAUAGGGAGAGGAAUUUUCGUUUAUCAUCCAUUUGCUCUAGUAUCAUAUCUCCCAUAUCUCCACGCUAGAUUUUUGUUUUGUUUCAAUCUAAAACUGAGUAUGUUUGGUGUGUUACUAUUAAUCAUUUGAUAUGUAAUAAACACAAUUUAUAACGAACAAAGUGUAGGUUGUUGAUAAGCUAAAUUAGUUUUUAGUUGCAA